UGCAGCAUUCCCCAUUUUGCAGAGUGGGCUGCACAUUUUAUUUUAUUUUUUUCCCCCCCUCAAGACGUGCAGCGUUUAAAAUUGGUUCAAACAUGAUGAUGUAUUUCAUUUCCAUCAUUUUAGCAAGUAUUCUUAUGAUACCACUCGUACUCAAAACUUUUUCCCCUUAUGUUUGGAAAGAUAUUCUAUAUUUCAAGGAUUUACUGUGGAUUUUAGUGAGGUUUGUUUCGAGGCGCAGAAGGAGACCUCUUUUUCUUGUCUUGGACCGUUUUUUGGAGCAGACCGCUGCACACCCAGACAAACCUUUCAUUGUGUUUGGAGAUGAAAGCUUCACUUACGCGUUCACGGAUAAAAGGAGCAACAAAAUAGCCCACGCGAUGCAGUGUCAGCCUGGGUAUAAAGCUGGGGACACCGUCGCACUCUUUAUGGGGAAUGAACCCGCCUUCAUCUUUACCUGGCUGGCUUUGGCCAAAUUAGGCUCCCCUGUUGCUCUCCUCAACCACAACAUCCGCACCAAGUCUCUGCUGCACUGCUUCAACUGCUGCAAGGCAAAAGUGAUGAUAGCAGCUGCAGAGCUGAAGGAAGCAGUGGAGGAUGUGCUUCCUUCACUGAUGGAGCGGGACGUCACCGUCCUCCUGCUGACCGAACACUGCGACACACCUGGGAUAGAGAGCUUUUCUGAUAAAGUGGACAAAGCGUCAGACGGCCUGCUCCCCCAUUCCCUGAGGUCACACCUCACAUUUAAAAGCCCUGCAGUCUAUAUCUACACCUCUGGCACGACAGGUCUACCUAAAGCAGCUGUGGUCAAUCAGAACCGCCUCCUGACUGCUCUAGCUGUUUUAUCAUCUAACGGUGUAUCAGCUAGUGAUGUCAUCUACGUCAACCUGCCUCUGUACCACACGGCUGGAUUUAUUAUAGGCUUUAUUGGUGCCAUUGAGACAGGGUCAACAAUCAUUCUGAAGAGGAAGUUUUCUGCCUCUCAGUUUUGGGAUGACUGCAGGAAACACAGUGUGACUGUUGUGCAGUACAUCGGGGAGGUGAUGCGUUACCUCUGCAACACACCCAAGAGAGACAAUGACAGGGACCAUAAAGUAAGACUCGCCAUUGGAAACGGUGUCAGAGCCGAAAUCUGGAGAGACUUUCUCAACCGCUUUGGGAACAUUGAAGUCCGGGAGUUUUACGCCUCCACUGAAGGAAAUGUGGGAUUUGUCAACUACGCUGGGAAAAUUGGAGCAAUUGGAAGAGUCAACUGUUUCCACAAGAAGCUGUUUCCUUACACAUUAAUCAAGUAUGACACCGAGCUGGAUGAACCCAUCCGAGAUGCUAAUGGCCUCUGUGUGGAGGCACCCAAAGGUGAAACUGGUCUGCUGGUGUCCAAGAUCACAGACAUCGCUCCUUUUGUCGGCUACGCCCAGAAUGAAGAACAAACGGAGAAGAAAAGACUUCGAAAUGUUCUCAAGAAGGGAGAUCUUUACUUCAACAGUGGAGACCUGAUGAGGAUCGAUCACGACAACUUCAUUUACUUCCAGGACCGUGUAGGCGACACCUUCAGGUGGAAAGGAGAGAAUGUAGCUACUACCGAGGUGUCCGACAUCCUGACGAUCAGCGACAAUCUCAAAGAGGCCAACGUUUAUGGAGUCCAAGUGCACGGACAUGAGGGGCGGAUAGGGAUGGCAGCUGUCACUGUGAAGGAGGGAGUCCAGUUUGAUGGAAGUGCAAUUUAUACCCAUGUGAUCAGCUACCUGCCCUCAUAUGCAAGACCUCGCUUCAUAAGAAUACAGAACUCUGUGGAGCUGACAGGGACCUUCAAACAGAUGAAGGUGAAGCUAGUGGACGAGGGGUUUGAUCCAGGACGUAUCCAGGACCCUCUUUACAUCCUCAAUGACUAUGACAAGAGUUACGUACCUCUGACAGCUCAGGUAUUCAGCUCCAUUACAUCAGGAAACCUCAAACUAUAAGGAGGGUGUUAGUGUGCAGGGUGGUUGCUUUGGGCAUUUAAAUUGACUUACACAUCAUAUGUGCAAAGUUAUACAAAUUAAAGCUACUUUGAGCAGUUUUUAGCUGGUUAUGAAACAGAAAUGAAUACAGAUGCCUUGAUAUAACCUACAAAAGAGAGAGAGUAUCGGCAAGAACACUGAUCAGUUUAUUUAAAGUAAUUUUGCAUGCCUGUACAAGCUGCUGCAGGGUGGGUGUCAGGUGAGGCAAUUCAAAGCACAAUGCCAAUUAUUUUUUUUCUCUUACUUUUUCUUGGCAACGAUCAGCAGAGGUUCAAGCGUCGCCAAAAUCAACACAAACUGAAAGUUUCUCACAGGAGCUUAGAUUUGGUAACAAACAUUUUAUUGAAAGCAGUAGAUGGGAAUCAGUGGGUAGGCAUCGUUUCAGAAUUUAUGUCAGGGGUAGGAGACAGGCUGCGGAGGAGGGGAGCUUAAUAAUGGCAAUGUAAAUAAAUGUUUAUUUUCUGGAAAGCAAGGAUAAAUGUAUAGUAUAUUCAUUUGUAAGACUGCUGCUUGUAAUUAAUAAAAAAAAUAAAAAAAUAAAGUAUGUAGGCCUUUCAUUUUUUAAGAGUUUGGGAAAUAAUGUAGAACAAGACAUGAAUUUUAUAUUUUUGUGCAAAUAUAUGUAAAUAAAAAUGACU